AACCAGCUUUCUCUCUGACUUUACAGAAAAGGCCACAGAUGGCUCCCUGCAAAGCGAGGACUGGACAUUGAACAUGGAGAUCUGCGACAUCGUCAAUGAGACAGAGGAAGGGCCAAAGGAUGCCAUUCGAGCCCUGAAGAAGCGGCUGAACGGGAACCGGAACUACAGAGAAGUGAUGCUGGCAUUAACGGUGCUGGAGACCUGUGUGAAGAACUGCGGCCACCGCUUCCACGUCCUCGUGGCCAGCCGAGAUUUCAUCGACGGCGUUCUGGUCAGAAUCAUCUCUCCCAAGAACAACCCGCCCACCAUCGUGCAGGACAAGGUGCUGGCCUUGAUCCAGGCGUGGGCCGACGCCUUUCGAAGCAGUCCUGACCUCACGGGUGUUGUGCAUAUAUAUGAGGAGCUGAAGAGGAAAGGGGUCGAGUUUCCUAAUGCAGAUUUGGAUGCUCUGUCUCCCAUACACACACCGCAACGGAGUGUCCCUGAAGUGGAUCCCGCCGCCACCGUGCCCAGGUCCCAGGCGCAGCAGAGGACAAGUGCCGGCUCCUUUUCCUCGCCUCCUCCUCCUCCCUUCUCCGCGCCGCAGGCCCCGGCUCUGAGUGUGACCGGCCCCAUCACAGCCAAUGCAGAACAGAUCGCCAGGCUGCGGAGCGAACUGGACAUUGUUCGAGGAAACACAAAAGUCAUGUCUGAGAUGUUAACGGAAAUGGUUCCUGGGCAGGAAGAUUCAUCUGAUCUGGAGUUGCUACAGGAGCUGAACAGGACCUGCCGGGCCAUGCAGCAGCGCGUGGUGGAGCUCAUCUCGCACGUGUGCAACGAGGAGGUCACCGAGGAGCUGCUGCGCGUCAACGACGACCUCAACAACGUCUUCCUCAGAUACGAGAGGUUCGAGCGAUUCCGGUCCGGCCGCUUGGCCCAAAACGCCAGCAACGGGGUACUGAGUGAAGUGACCGAGGACAACUUAAUAGACCUGGGGCCGGGGUCUCCCGCCGUGGUGAGCCCCGUGGUGGGGAGCACAGCACCCCCACCUUCCCUCUCAUCCCAGCUUGCUGGCUUGGACCUGGGGGCAGAGAGCGUCAGCGGCACCCUGAGUGCGCUCCAGCAGUGCGCCCCUCCGGACAGCGCUGGCAUGUGCGCCCAGACCACAGGGAGCUCCUCAGCCGAACAGCGCAAGGCGGUAACCUGUGAGGACCCCCAGGCUGCCGGAGGACUCCACUCUGCCCUAGACAGUCGGAAACAGAUCUCCGAAGUGGAGAGAGUUAAAGGUGGGGACGCUGACCUGGAGCCCAUAGACAGCUGGCUCGUGACCCAAGGAAUGAUCCCCGUUGCACAGCCCUCUGUCAUGGACGACAUUGAGGUGUGGCUCAGGACCGACCUGAAGGGCGACGACCUGGAGGAGGGCGUCACGAGCGAAGAGUUUGAUAAAUUCCUUGAAGAAAGGGCCAGAGCUGCUGAAAUGGUUCCCAACCUGCCCUCGCCCCCAGCGGAGGCACCCAGCCCAGCUGCCAACCCCUCCAGCCAGAGGAAGCCCACGCGUUCCGAGGACGCCCUCUUCGCCCUGUGAGCUGGUCUGUGGGUUGGCUCCCAGAUGGCAGGUCACCUGUCUCCCCCCAUCCAGGCACCGGCCACUCCUCCCAUCCCCAGCCCCACUCAGUCCUCAGUCCUGCACUGCUGUCUCCAUGGAAAUGCCACUGUGUUUGCUCCCAGGCCUCCCGCUAGUCAGGACGGCCUCUCUGGGGAGGUGGGGCAGCUGCUGCUAGCGGGUCCCUAACCGCCCCCCACGCUCCCCUCACAGGUUCCCCCACCGUCUCCUCCGGGGGGGGGGGGGCAGCCUCGGGCAGUCAGUGCCCUGGGACUGGCUCCUGAGCAGACCUGGGGCUGUCCCCUCCGGUCACUUUCAUCACUCAGCAGCGAGCCUAGACCAUGGCGCCCACACAGCCCACACUCUGCUGGCCGGGGGGAGCCAAGGGUAUGGGGAGGGCAGCCCAGGCCGCUGGACAGUGGGCACUGGCACCUGCUUAGCUCCUGUGGAAUUGCACUCAUCUGCAGCCCCACUGUGCGCUUCCCUCCUGCAGUGCCCGUCUGGGGGGUGGCACGGGAGGUGUCACUCUGCUAGCUUGGGCAAGUUUGUGGGCGUGUGAGCAUGCCAUGCUUGGGGCUUUGGCCUGGCCUUGGCAGCCUCUGCCCUGCCUCCAGGACCCCACUCCAGGCCGCUGGGCCAGGCUUGCAGACCCAGAGCCUGCAGGGCCAGAGCAGCACCGAGGCUCCCACUAGCUCCUGGCACGGCCCCAGCCUCUCCACAGGCUGUUCUGACAUCCUGACCUCCCUCCCCAGACCCCAGCCACAAUGUGUAUUCUCUCCCAGCCAACCCAGCAGCUAACAGCCUGGGGCCGAGUCCUUGCUGGGUGUCUCCCGGCCCUGGGUGAGGCGCACAGAGCCUGACCCACGCUGAGCACGGAACUGCGGCGCCCGUGACCUCCGGGCGCAGGUCAGUGUCCCGCGCGCACUGCCCAGGUGCUCAGGUCAGACAUGGCCAGGCCACUAUGUGUCCCCAACCCAGAGCGGCAGCCUUUCCCGCCUGGGCUGCAGGUGGAGACGUGCUGCAGGCUCGGACCAGCCCGGGCCACGCUGAACACCCACAGGAACCUUCCUGGUGAGAAGUGAGGCGUGCCCCCCAGAGCCCAUGCCCAGUGUGGCGCCGCUGCAGCCUCCUCCAGAAAGAAGGCUUUGGGGCCAGGCCGGGCCGUCUGGCAGGACCAGCAGGGGACACCCAGGAAGCACUGGGAGCUUGGCCGCAGCUUCCAGCCCUGCAUCUCUGGCUGCACUCACCCCUGCACCCGGCGGUGGCACGAAGCUCUCCUUGUCCUGCGGGAGUGCUCCGAGGCCAGCCUGGAGGCCACACGCCGGAGUCCGCUGGCUGGUGGCAGUGAUGCCCAGCAGCCCCGCUGCGUCCUGGUCCGAGCUGGGACCUCGGGGCCACUCCUGCAGGAGCCACAGCACCACCCGUGUCCUCGGAGCAGAGCCAGCCUCCUGUCUUGCUGAGGGGCUGAGGGAGAGGAGGCUGCCGGCGAGGGGAGCAGAAGCACGCACCUGCACCUGCCUUGGGAGGCACAGCCCUCACACCGCGGGCCAGAGCGCCCCCUGCAGCGGGCAGCAGGUGCUGGGCUCCGGUGGGCAGCAGGUAGGCGCUGGCCCAGCAGAGCAGUCACCAGCCCCAGCCUGGAGACACUCCUCCCGCUCACACAGCAUGUCCAGGGCCGCCUGCCUACCUCGAGGCUGGAGUGGCCUCGCUCGAGGCCUCACAGGAAGCAGGAACAGGCCGGGCGCCUCGAGGGGCUGCUCAGCCCUCCUGCGCCCUCGCCCUCGCAGCUUCUGGACCCCUUCCUGGGGACCACAGCCCUCAGGCCCCUGCUUGGGGGCAGCGGGGGCCCUGGGAGAAGGCUGGCGGGGCCCCCCAGAGAGGGGAGAGGACCCUCGCAGCCACCAGCCCCACCAGGUCAGAGGUCAGACACUGCGUGCUCAGUUACACUAAGUUAUUCCUGGGAGUCCUUGUCAACACUAAUUAUACCUGGUUACAGGUUAAAAUAUUUAUUUUGUCACAAUGUUUCCCUGGGGUGUGUGGGACCUUUUCUGUGUUCGUUGUGCUGAGAUGUGAAGACCAGCCGCUCCCUCCGCCUGCCUCCGGCGGUGGGCAGCAGCCCGCGCGGCCCGGGUCCUGGCCCAUAGCAGAGGGGCCAGCACAGCAUGCCGGCGGGCAGGGCUUCGUAAAGAGCUGGUGCUGCCUGGGCCAGCCUCCCGACUGUCAGCCUCACUGUCGGUGAGGGCUGCCUGUCCGAGGCCUGCCUGGGCUCGCUGCCCUGCCCAGCCCUUCCUCACCCGGGGUCCCAGCCAGGGGCCCGGGGUGCGCAUGCUGUCACUCAGGUCCCCAGCUGGGAGGCCGGGGCAGGGCUCAGUCCACACUCCCGCUCCUCCUCUUCCUUCCUGCCGACACCCCCAGUUCGCCUCCACACACACAAUGCUUCUCACUCAGUCCAGCCCCGCCUUCCGGAAGGUUCCAGGAUGCUGUGGGCCCGCUAGGGAAAAGCGCUGCAGAGGGGCCGUGCUACCCCGGCCUCGGGCCACCCACCGUGAGCCUUGCCACCUCCCGCCAGGACUCGCUCCUCGCCAUUCACCCAGACAGGACCAGCCGGCAGAUGCCCAGUGCUGCCUGUCUCCCUGUGGCGCCACCGCGGUCCCCGGAGCCGCUGCUGCCCUGGCCUCUGGGCUGUCCUAGAGAAAGGGCCGGACAUUAACGCCUACAGUUCGCGCUCGUGUGUGAGGCUCGGGGUUGCGGGGACCGUGGGAAGAGGAGUGUGUGGUGUGGUCCUUCAUCCCAGGAGCCUGUGUGGGUCAGUGCCCAGCAGACUGGUCUGGAGGCGGGUCUUGCAUGUAAACUACCCCCAAUAAACAAACAGGUGGUUCCUGUGAA